AUGCAUAUAUUCCAGCAACUUGCCUGGACUCUAUUGAGUGUGAACGCUUUUCUUGUCCACGGUACCUUCUCUGCACCAACAUCAUCAUCUUAUGACGCACGUGCACUUCACCGACAAAGCUCUCCAUUAGUGGUGCUGAACGAUGAGCGUUUAGUAUGCUCAGCAACCCACGGAGGUACAUAUCCUCGUCUGGCAAAACUUUCCGAUGGGACGAUACUAUCAUCCUUCACGCGCCAUCUCGGGCAUCACAGGCGCUCCCUGGGUGUGGCCCGCAGUACGGAUGGUGGACGCACUUUUAGUGACUUUGGUGAAGUAACCCAAGCGGUAGGAGAUGUGGAUAAUAUGUUCCUACUCGAGGUUUCAAAGGAUGUUGUGUUAGCGUCCUUUCGCAAUCAUGACAAAGAUCCUGAUGGCAAAUCUACACACUAUCGCAUUACUGUCUGCAGGUCUGAAGAUGGAGGUCGUACAUGGAAGUUUGCAUCUCAGGCCACAGAAAAAAGAGCCCCGUUAGGACUCUGGGAGCCAUUUAUGCGACUCGGGAACCAAGGGGAGGUCCAGCUCACCUUCUCACAAGAAUAUGCACAUGACAAUCAGUGCACCAUGCGUGUGGUUUCGCGUGACCAGGGAAAUACGUGGACCGCGCCAGCUUGUUUAUCUGGUACCAAUGUGGCGUUACGGGAUGGCAUGAACGGAAUCACUAAGACCUUUGAUGACAACGGAAUCGCGAAGACCAGUGAUGAUGGCCGUGACGCACUCGUCAUGGUUUUCGAAACGAACCGGCAUGGCACAUUUAAUAUCGAGGCUCUUAUCUCCUACAACGAUGGAUCCACAUGGACUAGCGGUGGCAUCAUAUUUCGUCCUCAGCACGGUCAUAAUGCGGGUGCUCCCCAAAUUGCUUCCUUUUUAGAUGGCUCUAUGGUGGUUGUGUUCAUGACUGACGAGGACUCGGAUGAGGUGCAAUGGCCUAAGCAUGCCUCGAUAAAAGCUGUAUUCUCAAGCCCACCGAAAAAUGGACAGAUGGUAUGGAGCGCGCCAACUUUGAUCUCGUCGGAGCCAAGCUUCUGGCCUGGAGUGACGUCCCUGGACAGCAAUUCGGCGAUGGCCGUAUAUGACCGAGGGGGAAUGCCCUUUGCUAAGACAAUCAAAUGGAAUUCCAAGUAG